AUGAGAUUCAUAGAUGGACUCUGGAAUCGACCUGUUGGUCAAACUUUCCUUGGCGGUGUGGAAGUGAUAGAGACACUGAAAGAAACGGACAAAGAGCUGGAGGUUCUUGUAUCUCCUAAGCAUAUCGCUUCUCGGGGAGACACCCUUAACGCCUCACUGCUUACUGUCUCCAUCAGUUCACCUGCCGAUGACAUUCUGAAGGUCCGGAUUGAACAUCACACUGGUGUUCGACACCGUGGACCUGAUUUUGAGCUGUUUCCGGAUGGAGCUCCGGCGACUCCCAAAACCAGUAUAUCCAAAAAGGACGAUAAAAUCAAAUUCACCUCUGGAAAUCUAUCGGUCGAUCUAAAUACUGCACCGUGGUCGUACGGUUUGACCUUCCGUGACGGAGACAAGGUUCUGACAUCAACACAACCUAAAGGUCAAGCUGCUGUCGAUAUGCCCCAUCAUCUCACCUUAAGCCAAGCUUCUGCUCAAUCACUCCUGGGGAACGUCCACGACGCUCUCCCAAGAAGCGACUACGUGACCACGGCCCAAACGGCCUCUGGAGGUUGGGUUCGCUACAUGUUGAAUGAGAUGGCUCUUGGCGUUGGUGAGACCAUCUACGGCCUGGGUGAAAGAUUCGGACCUUUUGUCAAGAAUGGUCAAAAUAUCAGUAUUUGGAACUCGGACGGUGGAACUUCAUCAGAACAAGCUUACAAGAAUAUCCCUUUCUAUCUCUCAUCUAAAGGAUAUGGUGUUUUGGUCAACCAUCCUGAAGAAGUUGAAUUCGAGGUUGGAAGGGAAAAAUCUUCCAAACUUGGUUUCAGCGUACGAGGGGAAAAGCUCGAAUACUUCGUUAUUGGUGGUGGUUCCAUGAAAGCGGCUUUGAGGAACUAUGUAAAGUUGACAGGUUUACCAGCUCUCCCACCGGCCUGGAGUUUCGGUCUCUACCUUUCCACAUCAUUUACCACAUCGUACGAUCAAGAGACAGUUUCAAGCAUGUUGAAAGGAAUGAAAGAACGUAACUGCCCAGUCCGAGUAUUCCACCUUGAUUGCUUCUGGAUGAAGCGAUAUGAUUGGUGUUCCUUUUCUUGGGAUCCAGAGGCUUUCCCUGAUCCCAAGCAAUAUCUAGCAGAUAUCAAGCGGGACUAUAACGUCUGCGCAUGGGUUAACCCGUAUAUCAGUCAAAGAUCAGAAACUUUCCGGAUUGGGGCAGAAAAAGGAUACUUAAUCAAGCGAACAAAUGGUGAUGUUUGGCAAUGGGAUCACUGGCAAGCCGGUAUGGGUCUGAUUGACUUCACCAAUCCCGAAGCCUACAAGUGGUAUGCUGGGUUAAUCAGAACUCUCCUCGAUACCGGUGUCGAUACCAUUAAGACAGAUUUCGGAGAGCGUAUCCCUCAUUUGGAUGUAGUCUACCAUGAUGGAUCAGAUCCAUGGAAGAUGCACAAUUACUACGCUCAGAUAUACAACAAAUGUGUAUUCGACGUUAUCAAGGACAAAUUUGGAGAUCAUGAAGCUGCCCUUUUUGCUAGAUCUGCAACUGCUGGUGGUCAACGUUAUCCUGUUCAUUGGGGUGGAGAUUGUGAGAGUUCUUAUGAAGCGAUGGCCGAAACCAUGCGUGGUGGACUGAGUCUUUCAUCAUCUGGAUUUUCAUUCUGGUCUCAUGAUAUCGGAGGUUUCGAGGGACACCCGGAUGAGAAAAUCUUCAGUCGAUGGAUUGCAUUUGGCUUAUUCUCCUCACACUCUAUCAAAGCUCACGAGACAGGUGUUCCGGUCAUGCGAAGUAUGAUAUUGGAAUUCCCAGAAGAUCCAGCAACCGCAUAUCUUGAUCGACAAUAUAUGCUUGGAGAUUCACUUCUCGUCGCUCCAGUCUUCCAUGAUGCUACAACUACGUAUUACAUUCCCAAAGGCAAAUGGACUUGUUUCUGGACCGGAGAAAUCGUUGAGGGACCCAAAUAUGUUACAAAAGAUGUUCCUCUCGAUAUUAUCCCUGUUUUCGUUAGACCAAACUCUGUAAUCCUUCUUGGUCCAGAAGACAUCACUGUUCCCGAUUACGAGUACGCCAAAGUCAAGCUUGAAGUUAGAGAAUAUCAAUUAGAAGGGGAGGUGACAGUGGAUAUUCCAGUUGGUAAAGGACCUGAAUGGGCUGGAUCCGUCAAGAUCUCCUCCGGUGGUAAAUGGGAUAAAGGGAAUUUUGAUUUAAUCCAAAGUAAGGCUUGA